UAUCUUAAAUCGUGCUUGAAACAUUAGAAUUUGGAAUAAGAAUUCGUUUGCUUGAAAUCUCAAAUUCUCAAUGUUCAAUACUGAUUAGUGAAUACUGAUUACAGACUACAGUUUUGUUCGUAAAAAAUUAGUGUAAUUUCUAGUUUACCAAACAUUAGAAUCUAUGUUGUUUUAUUAAUUUAUAGUAUUGAUCAUUAAUUUCAUAUUUAUAAUAAAGUAAAAAUAAUUAUGUCAAACGUAGAUUCAAAAACGAAAAAUCGGAUAGCCAGUUAUAAGCGCGUCAAAAACCGAGGAAACAAUUUUAGAGAUAUUUUAAGAGAAAGAUAUCGUAAUUUAAUGAAAAACAAACGUGAAACACUUUUAGAACGUGUACGCAAUGUGUCAUAUGAUAUGAGAGAGAAUGAGGUCACUUCAUUUAUCGAUAAGACAUGCAUUAAAAUGGAUAUUGAAGAAGAUGAUGGAUUUCAUUCCUUAGAUGAAGAAGAUCAAAUAAUUGAUGAAAUUAAACAAGAGCUUUUAGAUGAAGAGAUGAAAUGGAUCUCGGCACAAUAUUCUGAGUAUAAUGUAUAUUUACAACAUUUGCAAAAUGAUUCAAUCGAGUGUCCUGUUUGCCAAACUGGAAGUCUCAUAAAAUCUGAUACAAACAAUAUUACUUGUGAUGUUUGUCAUAUUACUAUUUAUACUAGUCUCGAAACAGACGCAUUAAAAAAUAAUUUGGAAACUUCAGCUAUUGAACAUUCUCGUAAUUGUCAAAGACCGGUUUAUUGCUCAGUUUUUCCAGCACCGGAUGUUAAUUCAAUGUUUAUGAUGUGUAAUGAAUGUCAGUUCCUCUAUCAAAUAUCAUAAGUCAACUAAAAAAAUAUUUGAUUUAAAUGUAAAAAUAUAAUGUUUAUACAAAUGUUAAAUGAUGUAAAAAAUAAUAUAAUGCAAAUUACACUGUAAAAUCUAAUGUAAUUUGCUCAAGUUAAGAUUAUAAAAGUACUCAAAUUUGAAUAUUUUUGGUGAUUUAUUAAUUGCUAAAUUGUAUUAGAUGUGUUUAUAUAUUUAUGUAUAUUUCAAUUGUAAUUUGUCUAACAACUAAUAAUAUAGUAUUAAACUUAUGUGACUCACUGAAAAA